GUGAUAAUUAGCUCCAGUAGAGUAGUACAGCAUCUAGUGGUCCUGGACCACCUCAAUUAAAAUCAUCAAAACCACUUUUAACUUACAAAAAACUGCCAUCUACAAGAGCCACCCAGCAGCCCACUGCUAAAAUGGGUAUUACGUUAAAUUCCAAUAAAACAUUAAACGUAAGUCCAAAUCCUAAUGCGAGGUUAGCAGCUAAAGCAAACGUGAUAGUCGUUCAAAAAGGACCAGCACGUGGAGUGACAUUGUCUCAUGCUGGCAAGGAAGUCUUGGGUAAGGUCAUAAUGGGCGGCAAGAACUUAUGCUUGCAAAACCAGCAAAGUGCUAGUUCUGUAGCACUAUUACCACAUCGUAUAUCAACGAACGGCGAUCAAGCGGUAACAACAAUGUUGUCUACAAUAAAUUUAUCGCAGCCAGAAACUGCCAAAUCAAAUAUAAAGGAUAUUUCUGAGAGAAAUAAUAAAGUUCUUUCCCAGUUUGUCGAAACAUCCACCAUUUUUAGUACAGAUCCUCCUAAGACGUCUAUUAUAAAUCCGAUUUCUCACGGUGCAACAAAGGAUAUAUGUAAUGAUGAUUCAAUUAGUAAUAAGACAUUACAUAUGAAUUGUAGUGUUACAAGUAAUUUCACAAUUGAACAAAAGGAGGACAAACAAAGGUCAGUACCAAGAGAAUAUUAAAUAGUAAUAUAGUCAUACAUACAUACAUACAUACAUACAUGCAUGCAUACAUGCAUACAUAAGAUACGAGGGGGCGAAUAAUAAGUAAUA